ACAGAGGCAGCAUGUGUGAGUGUGUGCUCUAUGUGUGUGUACAGAGUGAAAGCUGCGCUGGAGUCAAGACAUCUCACUGAUGCAAGGAUUCCCCUGUUUGCUCUUAGAGAGGACGUGUGCUGACUGUUUUAACCACCACAGGAAAUUAACUGCUACACACAGAGGAAACUCUGGGAGCUUAAGUGAAGUGCAAACUGAGCAUCUGAGGAUGUGUGGAGGAUCAUGCAGUCUGUGAAAGAUGACUCCAAGCUGAUAUGGGGAUGCUUGUGAUGAGGCUACUAAACCGCAGUUGAAUCAUGGGAAACGUGGAGAGUCAAAAUGGGGACAGUGGUUUCUAUGGUGAUGUAAUGGGACAUUUCUCCCGUAAGCACAUGUCCCGCUCACUCCGUCUCUCCAGCAAGCGGCCAGUCACUCAUCGCUCCAGGCACUCUUCUUCAGUGAAACAGGAACACAGAAACUCUGAAACCUCAACUCGCUCAUCCAGCACUCCCAGCAUCCCACAAUCCUUAGCAGAGAGUGGAUUGGAGCCUUUUAACUCAACAGAUGCAUUCGGGAAGUUUGACAUCGACCACCCCCACUGGACACGACAUGUAGUUAUGACAAUGAGGCCAGAGUCCUAUCAGCAAGAUGAUGACCCUUUGGCCACACCAACUCCUGAAACCUCAGAGGGGGACACUGUUGCUCAGGAUGGAGGAGAGGACUCCAUGGGGGAGGGGGAGGGGGAGGGAGAUGUUGCUGGAGGUGAACGGUGCCUCCAGCGAAUGAUUGAGGGGCCACGUGAGGGAGGGAGUUUUAAAAAGAAGCGAUCAAAGUCAGCAGACAUGUGGAGGGAAGACAGCCUGGAGUUCUCUCUGUCUCUUUGCUCUGACCUGAGCCAAGAGCAUCUGACCAGCACUGAGGAGAUGAGAGCUGGAGUAGAAGAGGAGGAACAGAAGCAGUUCAGACUCCCCAGAGGCACCACAGGCUCAGCUGAAAGGGCAUCAUCACUGGACCAUCUGUGCAGCCAGCGGAGCCCUGGCCUCAGGGGGCAAAGGAGUCGCUACACUAAAAAACGAAAAGAAGCUGAGAGCAAUGGAGAUAGAGCAAGGGAGGAGGGAUUGAUGUCUCCAGAGGAGGAGGAUGGUGGUGGCUAUGGAGCAUUUACUCUGCCCUGCCGACGGUCCCAUUGCCUGUCUGAGGGCUUGAAAGGACUCGGCCUCUCAGUUACACCAUGCGCCGCUUUCCAGGGACGGCGCGCACAAACUACUCAGGAUAUCUCUGGAGUUUUGGGUGAAGGAAGCGAGUAUAGUGACAGUGGUAUUGAUGGUGUCGCUGCUGAGAUGGAUGGCGAUGGAGAGCUGCUGUCACGGCGCUGUAAGGCCAUGUCGGCCUCUUUCUCCAUGUACUCAGCUACUGAGAGCAGUGUUUUCAAUGGCAGUGACAGCGGGAGCAGCAGUGCAGGAGGACCAGAAGGAAGAGGUGGUGAAGAAGGCAGGGGAGGAGUGUAUGAGAACUUCCGGAAGGAGCUGGACAAUCAAGCCUGGACGCAUCGGGGUCGGGACUGCACGGAGGAGGUGGGCUCUGCUGUGAGUGAUGAGCAGAGUAGCGGCACAAUCAGUAGUGUGUAUCCUUCAGACGCUCUGAUUGGCUAUGCACAAGGUACAGUCAGGAAAGCAGGGGCUCUGGCUGUGAAGAACUUCUUGGUCCAUAAGAAAAACAAGAAGGUGGAAACAGCAACAAGACGGAAGUGGAAACACUACUGGGUUUCUCUGAAAGGAUGCACCCUUUUCCUGUAUGAGUCAGAUGGUCGUUCAGUUAUCGACCAUAACAGCGUUCCCAAACAUGCGCUGUGGGUAGAGAACAGCAUUGUCCAGGCCGUACCUGAACAUCCCAAGAAAGAUUUUGUCUUCUGUCUCAGCAACUCAGUGGGAGAUGCCUUCCUCUUCCAGACAUCAGGCCAGACAGAACUGGAGAACUGGAUCACUGCGAUCCAUUCUGCAUGUGCCUCUGCUCUUGCUCGGCAGCACCACAGGGAGGACACGGUGCGACUGCUGCGAAGUGAGAUCCACAAGCUGGAGCAGAAGAUCGACAUGGAUGAGAAGAUGAAGAAGAUGGGAGAGAUGCAACUGUCCACUGUCACUGAUGCCAAGAAGAGGAAAACCAUAUUGGACCAGAUCUUCUUGUGGGAGCAAAAUUUGGAGCGGUUCCAGAUGGAUCUAUUCCGCUGUCGGUGCUACCUGGCCAGUCUACAGGGUGGUGAGCCCCCCAACCCCAAACGCCUGCUGGGCUUUGCUUCCCGACCCACCAAGCUGGUCAUGGGGCGACUGGGCAUCUUCUCUGUUUCUUCCUUCCAUGCACUGGUGUCGGCUCGUACACAAAGCAGCAUCAGGAGCCCGAACCAGGCCAUGCCUCGCACCCUGAGUAAACGACAGAGCCGCUUCUCUUCCCUCUGGGGGCUGGACACCACCUCUAAAAGGAAGACCAAGGGACAUCCCUCCAUUAAACAGGUGUUCGUCGAUGGGAUGGAGCCAGUGAGAAAGCCCUUGGAGCGCACUUUUGAAGACUCCGUCAGUGAGAAAUCUAGAGAAGGGUCUGUGAAAAGUCUGCCUCAGCAGAACGUAGACAGCGACAUCUGGGUUCCUGACUACUUGACUCCGUCCUGGGUGUGUCUGCCCAACAACCAGCCUGUCUUGGCUGUCAUACAGCCUGGUGAGACAGCGCUGAAAGUCCUGAGCGCUGUUUGCAAGAACCAUAAAAUCGACCCAUCCAGUCACUACCUGCGUUUAAAAGUAUGUGCUGACAACCAGAUGCUCCUCUAUGUUCCCAAACUUGAAGAAGACAUCUCUGAACUGCUUUAUAAAGAGAUUGAGAUUUGCCCCAAAGCUACUGAGGUGAUCCAGCUUGACAAAGCUGAGUCCAGCACCAUCGGAUAUGGUUUUUCUGUGGCAGUUACAGAUGAAGAUGGGGUGCAGCAGCUCCAUAUUACUGAAGUAAAAACAGGAGGACUGGCCUCAGCUAAAGGUUUGAAAACGGGGGAUGAGAUCCUGUUUCUCAAUGGCAAACAUGCAUCUACACUCCAAAUGGAUGAUAUGAGGGCUGCAUUUAUAAACCAAGCUUUGACCUUGAGCAUUAGCACCCUGCCCCAGCUGGACCCCCGGGUACUGUGCUCCCUUCCACCCCGGCGCUCGGACGGGGAGCAUGACCUAGCCACAGACAUCUUCUCUCAGAGCCAGGAGGACAUCCUGGAUGAGGUGUCAGGGUUGACAGUGGAGAGCCCAAGUGAGACUUUGGAAGAAGGACCUCGACUGACCCUGCAGAGCAAAGCAAAUCAUCAGGAAGACAAAGUCUGCAAGGGCACUGGACAUAAGAGCACAGAGCAGGUCACUGCUUUCUGCCGCAGUCUCCAUGACAUGAAUUCCCUGGAGUGCCCUAUGUCGUCGUCCUCAUCGUCAUCUUCAUCAUCCCUCUCUCCGAGUCCUGUUGCAGCUUUACCACCCACAGCAGGAACUGCCACCCAAAGACAGCUCUCGCACGCUGACAAACUCCGCAAGGUCAUCAAUGAACUAGUGGAAACAGAGAAGACUUACGUCAAUGACCUGGGUUGCUUAAUAAAGUGCUAUUUGACACCUCUGCAGAAAGAAAGCUUCCUUACACAGGAUGAGCUGGACGUCUUGUUCGGUAACCUCAGGGAGAUGGUGGAGUUCCAGGUGGAGUUUCUCCGAACACUGGAAGAUGGAACCAGGCUGGUGCCAGAUCUUGACAAACUGGAAAGGGUAGAGCAGUUUAAGAAAGUGCUUUUCUCCGUGGGUGGUUCAUUCCUGCAUUAUGCUGAUCACUUCAAAAUCUACAGUGCCUUCUGUGCCAGUCACACCAAGGUCCCAAAGGUCCUGGCUAAAGCAAAGACUGACCCGGAGUUCAAGGCUUUCUUGGCUGAGAGAAACCCCAGACAGCAACAUUCAUCCACACUGGAGUCUUACUUGAUCAAACCCAUUCAGAGGGUCCUGAAGUACCCGCUGCUGCUAAAGGAGCUGUACUCUCUCACUGACCCUGACAGUGAGGAACACUACCACCUAGACCUUGCAACAAAGGCCAUGAACAAGGUUGCAAGUCACAUCAACGAGAUGCAAAAGCUCCAUGAGGAGUAUGGCGCAGUUUUCGACCAGCUAAUAUAUGAACAAACUGCAGAUAAGAAAGAGGUGGCUGACCUCUCGAUGGGGGAUCUUCUGCUACAUUCCACAGUGGUGUGGAUGAACCCUCCAGCCUUUUUAGUCAAGAGCAAAAAAGACCCUGAUUUAGCUGCUUUUGUGUUCAAAACAGCAGUUGUAUUUGUGUACAAAGACUGCUCCAAGCACAGGAAAAAAAUUGGUGGAUCUCACCGUGUGUCUGUCACUGAUGACAAGGAUCCUUUCCGUUUCCGUCACAUGAUUGCAACAGACUCUCUGCAAGUCCGUCCCCUAGCAAACUCUGAGGGUACUGCAGUGUGUGAGAUAGUUCACACAAGAUCUGAAUCUGAAGGAAGACCAGAGAGAACCUUCCAGUUGUGCUUCAGCUCUCCAGUUAGUAAGAAGGACUUCCAGAAUGCAGUCCACUCCAUCCUUAGGGAGAAGCAGCGCCGGCAGUUUCUUAAGACUGAGGCUCUACCACCCAACCAGCAGUAUGUCCCAUACGGGGGCAAACGCUUGUGUGCCCUUAAAGGGGCGCGGACUGCCAUGAGCAGAGCAGCUUCAGCUCCAUCUCGAAAGCUGGGCCACAGGAAGCUGACGAGGAACCACUUCACCAUAGAUACUGACCUGAUUUUCCAUGGCAACAACAACAUAGAUUCUAACUCCUCCCACCUCCCUUCAUACCCUAGCUCCUACUUACCACUGUCUCAGGAUGUCCUCCUUCAGUCCCACAAACCUCAACGGGAGGACACGGACCUUUGGGUGGAAGAGCAGUUUAACCUGGGUUGCUAUGAAGACCAGGGAGAGGGCAUUGACAUGGGGCAGGUGAAGGAGACGGACAUUUUAAGCGACGAUGAUGAGUACUGCAAGUCUGUCCGAGCUGCAUCAGCAGAACCGUCCGACCUGGAAGGGAAGAUGGAAGGACUCGACCUACAGGGUGGAGAGAUGAACAGACAGGUAGAGACUACAGGUAAAACCAUGCCAAGUAUGAUUCAGGAUGAGAAAACUGAUCAAAUAAGGCAUGGUGAUAAUUCAGACUCCUCAUGUGGUGUCUCUCUGUCACGCUGUGCAACCCCAACCCUAAAGCUCACCCCCUUAAAGCAGUGUGCAGCGGAGGAGGCCACAGACAAGGACCAUGAUGUCUGGGUGCGGCGAGAUGACUUUGCUAAUGGGUGCAACAGUGACGUCUUCUGACUGGAAAUAAAAAUCAAGAUGAAGAAAGGAGACAAAGGGUGGAUUCAUCCACUUUUUACAUAAAUGAGUACAAGAUAAUGGGCAAGAGGUUUUAAACAAGCUUUAAAUAUGUAGAAGUUGGAGGAGAACGCUUGCAAAGGAGGUACUAAACCUCAGCCUGUCCUCCCUGUGUCACUACGUAACCCUCUUCUUCCCACUUCACCUGCACCGCCCCUGUUCUGACAAUCCUAAAUUACUGAAAUAUAGUAAGGGAACUUCUCUUCAUGUGAGAUAUCUCGAGACCUAGAGAUUCUCACCCUGAGCUGUGCAUAAAAGUCAACUAGAAAGAAUACAGUCGUAACUGUUUUGGCCAUACACCCAGGCAUCACACACACCUGUGGAAUGUAAAUGUAUGAGCAAGACAGCACUGCAUGUACAUGCAAAUCAACGUGGGUGUGUACUGUAAGUCCAAACAGUACACAGAAGCACAGACACAAAGACUAGGCAGCUACUGUACCAUGCACACACUUUACUGAAGACAUCAUCAAUGAACUGUGACCUUCUGGCCAAAAAUGUCUAUUUUUCAACACAGGAAUGAGGGUGUUAUAUUUUUCUGACUCAGAAACCGUUUGUAUUUUAACACUCAAGGGCUGUGUGUUACUGAAUUUAUCUUCAGGGGCCUUUGGCUUAACGACUGCUGUAUAAAAGACAGUGAGACCUAACUAGCUUUAUUGUGCUUUUUUAAAAUUGUUUUAACUUAAUAUCAGCUGCACAUUGGUGUAUAGCUAGGAGUACAACAGAGUGCUGUUAACCUCUUGUAUAAAAUGUUUUGAAGCUCACUUCUAUCUCUUAGCAUACCCAUUUAAAACAACUUGGACCACAGAUAAUCUACCUAUUCUUUAUUUAAAAAUUGCCUUUUAAUUGCAAUUUUUAACGGUUUACACCACAUUCAACUGCCCAGUGUUACAGUGUUUUAGUUCCAGGAACUUGUGCCCUUUAAAGGAAUGUCGGGCCUUUUAUUUUGUUGCUCUUAUUUUCGUAACUGUUCAAUUUCAUCAAUAAUAAUAACCCUUUCUUGUCACCAAGGCUAUACUCUUGUCAUGCUCCAGGUCCUUGAUAAUUAGCAUUAUAAUUCCUACAUUAAUCCUGUUUUACUUGAAUUUUCUUUGUUGUUUUGAAAAAAGGUAUUCCACAGAGCCAUGCUAGUGACUGUACUGUAACUCCAGGGAGAAGGGCAAUCAUGCAAUCAUCUUCAAGUUACAUCUUCUUCUGCUCU